AUGGGAGCUGAAAUUCCCUACCUAAGUGCAAUAGGUGCAUUAUUCUACUUAGCGCAAUGUUGGCUCACUGCAGAGAGAAAUAUACAUGACACAUGUACUGCUAAUAUAGAAAUAUUCAAGAUGAAUAGUUCCAGAAAUCUAAACCAAAGCUCUCUGCCUGAGCUUUUCAUAUCAUUUUUUCAGAAGUUUUCUAGAAUAAGCGUGCUGGCAUCGGAGUACACAAUCUGUACUUAUACAGGGCAAUGGGAAUACAAAAGAGGCAAUGAUAAGUGGACCAAAGACUAUCCUUUACUUAUUGAAGAUCCGUUUGAGCAGCCUGAUAAUGCGGCAAGGGCUGUUUCCAUGAAUCAGCUUCCCAGGAUAUCUGAAGCAUUUGAGAGGACCCACCCUUCACUUGUUUCAUCCAAUCAAGACAGAAAUUCUGUGAUCUGUGGUCUAGUUGGACGUCGGGUCAGCCCCCAACUUAUUCCAUCACAUAGUACUCCAAGGUUUAUCAAAAGAGGUGCUACAGAUUUUCCUUCACUACCGCGUGCUACACCCCCAUCUCAGAACGAGUUUUACAACAGGACAAAUGGAACGUAUCCCGCUACAUCCCCAUCUCAGAACCAGUUAUACAACAGAACAAAUGGAACGUAUCCUGCUACAUCCCCAUCUCAGAACCAGCUUUACAACGGGACAAAUGGAACGUAUUCCGCUCCCAGUGUCACUAUUCGCAGGCCAAUGGCAGCAACAACUCAUUUUCAAAGCCAACAGCAGAGGUGGGAGCCAAAGACCACCAGAUGA